CGCUGCGCGGGGCUGGGCGGGCUGGGCGCGGGGCGCUCCUGGCAGCGCGCUGCGCUGGGGCGCACAGGCGCUCCGGCAGUGGAUUGGGCUCCACCUCUGCUCCUACCCCGCUUCUGCUGCAGCGGUCGUGCCGCUGGCCCCACUCGGCUCGGAAUCCGCCCGUCCCCUCGGCGCCGACCGCCCCGGCCUAGGCGCCCGCGGACCAUGCGCCGGGCACCCCUUGGGGAACCCGGCCCAGCCGAAAGCCCGCAAACGCCAGGCUCCCGGCCCGGGGCCCCUCCCGGCCGGCCGGUCGGCGGUCCGCACCCUGCCCCGCGCCCCGGCGCCGCUUGAGCCGGCGGGGCCAUGGAGCGCACGCCACCCGACGGGCCGCUGAACGCGUCGGGGGCACUGGCUGAAGAAGCGGCGGCGGCGGCGGCCGCGGCGGCGGCAGGGACGCGCGGCUUCUCCGCCGCCUGGACCGCCGUGCUGGCCGCGCUCAUGGCGCUGCUCAUUGUGGCCACGGUGCUGGGCAACGCGCUGGUCAUGCUCGCCUUCGUGGCCGACUCGAGCCUCCGCACCCAGAACAACUUCUUUCUGCUCAACCUCGCCAUCUCCGACUUCCUCGUGGGAGCCUUCUGCAUCCCCCUGUAUGUGCCCUACGUGCUGACCGGGCGCUGGCCCUUCAGCCGGGGCCUCUGCAAGCUGUGGCUGGUGGUGGACUACCUGCUGUGCACCUCCUCCGUGUUCAACGUCGUGCUCAUCAGCUACGACCGCUUCCUGUCCGUCACCCGCGCCGUCUCCUACCGGGCGCAGCAGGGCGACACGCGGCGGGCGGUGUGGAAGAUGGUGCUGGUGUGGGUGCUGGCCUUCCUGCUGUACGGGCCGGCCAUCCUGAGCUGGGAGCACCUGUCGGGCCGCAGCGCCAUCCCCGAGGGCCAGUGCUACGCGGAGUUCUUCUACAACUGGUACUUCCUCAUCACGGCCUCCACGCUCGAGUUCUUCACGCCCUUCCUCAGCGUCACCUUCUUCAACCUCAGCAUCUACCUGAACAUCCAGCGACGCACCCGCGAGCGGCUGGACGGGGCGGCCGGGCCGGAGCCCCCGCCCGAGGCCCAGCCCUCGCCGCCCGCCACCGCCGCCGCCCGCGGGUGCUGGGGCUGCUGGCGGAAGGGGCGGGGGGAGGCCGUGCCCCUGCACAGGUGCGGGGCGGGGGCGGCGGGGGAGGCGGCCCCGGGGGGCAGCGGCGGGGGCACGGUGGGCUCGCCCACGUCCAGCUCGGGCAGCUCCUCGCGGGGCGCGGAGCGGCCCCGCUCGCUCCAGCGGGGCUCCAAGCCAUCGGCGUCCUCGGCGUCGCUGGAGAAGCGCGUGAAGAUGGUGUCCCAGGGCGUCACCCAGCGCUUCCGGCUGUCCCGGGACAAGAAGGUGGCCAAGUCGCUGGCCGUCAUCGUGAGCAUCUUCGGGCUCUGCUGGGCCCCGUACACGCUGCUGAUGAUCAUCCGGGCCGCCUGCCACGGCCGCUGCGUGCCCGACUACUGGUACGAGGCGUCCUUCUGGCUGCUGUGGGCCAACUCGGCGGUGAACCCCGUGCUCUACCCGCUGUGCCACUACAGCUUCCGCCGCGCCUUCACCAAGCUGCUGUGCCCCCACCGGCUCAAGGCGCAGCCCCACAGCUCCCUGGAGCACGGCUGGAAGUGAGCCGGCUCGCCGCGGCCCGGGUUCCCGGGCGGCCGCCUGCCGGGUGGGAGCCGCCCCUCGUCUGUGGCCACGCUGCGCGCCGUGGGGGCCUCUCCCGGACCACCCGCCCGCAGGGGAGGCGGCCUGGUGGGUGGGCCGAGCUCGCUGCCUGAACUGGAAUGGGGUGGCCGGUCCUGCCCCCCGAGUCCGAGGUCCACCCCAGGAGGGUCUCAGCCACCAUGUCCACCCCCAGACAGUGAUGGCCAGUGGUGUCCACCCUUUGCACAACUGCUGCUUGGCGUUCUUCCCAAAGCAAAUGCUUGGUGUGUGCUCCGGGCUUCCUGACCCUGCGGUCGGCCCCUCGUGGGCCCACCGCCCCCCCCACACACACUGCACACACCUGGGCGCACCGGUGCACCCUGCCCGCCCGCUCCCCACGAGCCCGGGCCGCCCCCUGCUGCCAGCCGCCCCCUGCUUCCGUCCGGGCCCGGGCCGUCCAGCCCUCUCUCCCGCGGCACC